GCGAUGGACCUGUCAAGCUCUGUGAGCGAUUUCCAGGACAAGGCCUGGAAGCUAUGGGAGGCUCUCAAACCACGGCUGUCAGAGCUCCAAGAGCAGGCCAAGGAGGCAUGCGCUCCCCACGUUGAGUGGGCCAAGAGUGCAGUGAUUGAGGCCAGCAACGCUGCUGUGGAGGCUGGUACUGAAGCCUUGGCUGUCAUGGCUGAAGUUGAGAGACACCACCCGGCAGCA